AUGUCUGACGCAACCGCCUCCUUCAUCCCCUUGGGAGCCAUCAUCCAGUCCCUCUACGUCGCCGGCACCAACAUCGUCCUCGGCUUCCCCUCCCAAAAGGCCUACGAGUCGCACAAUGCCUGCUUCUUCGGCGAGACCAUCGGCCGCGUCGCCAACCGGGUCAAGGGCGCCAAGAUCGACUCACUCAACGGCGGGCAAUCGUACACUCUGGCCGCCAACAACGGGCCCAACAACCUGCACGGCGGCGUGGUCGGCUGGGGCAAGAAGGUCUGGGACGGCCCUAAGCCCGUCGGCAUUAGGGAGAUCCCCGCGUUCGAGGGCAAGAGCGACAAGAUUGACGGUGGUGAGAGCGUCCAGUUCACGCUGGUGAGCGAGGACGGCGACGAGGGUUUUCCCGGAAAGGUGGAGGCCAGGGUGAUCUACACCGUUAGCAAGGAGAAGGGCGAGGAUGGCAAGGAGAAGGUUUUGCUUGGUAUUGAAUAUGAGGCGGAGCUGUUGGAUGGUGAGGUGGAGGAGACGGUCAUCAACAUGACUAACCAUUCAUACUUCAACCUGACCGGCGGCCCUUCCAUCGAAGGCACCAUCGUCACCCUUGCCACGAACCAGUACCUCCCCGUCGACCAAGGCGGCAUCCCCACCGGCGGCCCUGUGCCCUUCCCCAACCCUGCCGUCAAGGCUGGCAACGUCCCAUUCACCCUCGGCGCUGCUGAGCCCGACAUCGAUGACUGCUUCAUCGUCAACGAGGACCCUUCGUCAGUUCCCAUCGAUACGCGCUCGCUGCCUCUCAAGAAGAACCUCAGCGCGUUCCACCCCGAGUCCAAGAUCCACCUUGAGGUGUACAGCACCGAGCCCGCCUUCCAGUUUUACACGGGCAAGUAUAUCGAUAUUCCCGCGGUGGACGGCGUUCCCGCUCGCAAGCCGCGCAGCGGCUUCUGCCUUGAGCCCAGCAGGUGGGUCAACGCUUGCAAUGUGCCCGAGUGGAAGGGGCAGAUGUUGUUGAAGAAGGGAGAAAAGUAUGGAUGCAAAAUUCUGUACAGAGCGUGGAAGGAGUAGGGAGAUGUGGCGUGGAGGGAAGUGUGAAAAAACAGGCGAGAUUAGAUACCAACAAGGAGGCACGAAUGAAAGUAGUCGUACACGCAAUGAUGCUCUUGCAGUU